AUGGAAUCGAAACCCAGUGGACCAGUGGCGUUAACAGCGGAGGAAGAAGCCGUUUCCUUGAAUCAGUCUCUCUCUCUCUCUCUCUAUCUGAAACCAUUAAGCAUGCCAUCAGAUCCCAGAAUCGUGUCAUUGUUGAAGGAAAUAAUCUGGUUUGUAUUGGAGACUUUGAUUGAUUCCUACUUCUACAACACUUGGUCCCUCAUUUGUCGGCUGCGAGAGGAUACAUUGAGAUCAAGCCCGCCAGAGAACAAAGUCAUGAAGAAAGCAAGCCUUGCCGGAGUCUCAACUACAACUUUUUUCUACAUGUUAUGUGGCUGCAUUGGAUACGCCGCAUUUGGAAACAAAGCCCCUGGAGACUUCCUUACCGACUUUUUUUAUGAACCUUACUGGCUCAUCGAUUUUGCCAAUGCUUGCAUUGUCCUCCACCUAAUAGCAGCCUAUCAGGUGUUUGCACAACCAAUAUUCCAAUUUGUUGAGAACAAAUGCAACAAAGCAUGGCCAGAAAGCAAUUUCAUCACCAAAGAACAUUCGAUGAACAUACUAUUCCUCGGAAAAUGUCGCAUCAGCUUCUUCAGACUGGUGUGGAGGACAGCUUAUGUGAUUUUCACAACAGUUGUAGCAAUGAUAUUCCCCUUCUUUAACGCGAUCUUGGGUCUUAUCGGGGCAGCCGCAUUCUGGCCGCUAACAGUUUACUUCCCGGUGGAGAUGCACAUCUCGCAGAGAAAGAUUAAGAAGCAUUCUAUGAGAUGGAUAGGGUUGAAACUCCUUGUAUUGGUUUGUUUGAUUGUUACCCUUCUAGCCGCAAUAGGAUCCAUCGUCGGCUUGAUAAAAAGUGUCAAGGCAUACAAGCAUUUCCACAGUUAA